UACACCGGCCCGUGUAAAUACUAGUAGAUGGAAUGCACAAAAUGCCUUCCUUUUUUUAACGGGCUUUGCGUAACGCGGUUCUCUUAGUUUAUCAAACAGCCAGGCAGGCAGGCGGGCAGGCAGGCGGGCGGACAGGCGGGCAGGCAGACAGGCCAACGACCAGUCUCUGCAGUCGUACUGAUUUACGGUAGUCGCAAAGGACCGGACCGGCAGGGUGGAAAAAAAUACAAGAGUCAAACAGAGCGAGAGAGAAAGAGAGAGAGAGAAAGAGAGGGAGAGAGAGAACUUGGAUAAUUUCAGACCAUGUCUCAAGACGUUUAAGGAAAAAUUGAUGCGAUUCAGCUUGUGUGAAGAAGAGAAGAGAAAAAAACCUUAUGUCAUGUGUGACAUGACGUUUCAGAUCAGUGGAAUAAAUGUUACGAGUGUUGUCGGGACUGCGGUUUGUGAAGCCAUUAAGGAAAGUUACGGUUGUCGAGGUUUACUUUUAGCUAUCACGAAAAUGCUUGCUCGUGUCUUUGUGUGAACCAAGUGGAAAGAAGAAAGAAAGAGAGAGAGAGAGAGUUGGGAAAGCGGUGUAUACUCGCAGCGGCAAAGCGGUCGCGUAUGGAUGUUUGUAUACAUGUAAUUAUUAUUCUUACGGAGGUUGGAAGCUUGCCGGCGGAUCCAGUGUUCUUCUUAGGGACGACGUUUCUCUAAUGGGGAAUAAUAACAGAGAACAAAAUGACCAUCACUGCAAAUGUUUGUCUUUCUUGUUAUUUCGUCAUCAGUGGUCAAUGAGUAAUUUGUGAGUUAGAUUUUUUUAAUACUUUUUUUUUUACUUUUUUUUUUUUUUUACUUUGGACUAAAUAUUGACAUUGAACGCGGGUUUGAACGACAAUAUCGUGUGACAUUUAUUCUGUGUCUUUAUUCAAAUAACUCCCCACCAACGACACAACAUCGAAUCUGUCCCGCCAAAGCUCGAAUGGGGCCAGUUGUGAACUGCCUAAUCUCAGUGUGUCAGAUUAAAAUUGCGAUACUGUCGUCGUACAGGUGCCCAGGGGAGGGGCUACGCGGCCCGGAGAGAAAGUCUUUGGUCCACAGCAAUGAUUAGGCUGUUUACAACCGCUACUGUUAGUGUUAGUAUUACACAAUCGGGUCAAACGUGAACACAGAUUUACUAUUUAGUGACGAGGGUCGCCACAAAUCAAGGCUAAAUCUGACCACUCAUGUGUCCGAGAAAACGGAUUUAGGGACGAGGAUCGCCACAGAUCAAAGCUAAAUCUGACCACACGUGUGUGUGUGUCCAGGGACUGGUAGCAGAAGACCGCUAUAGCAGAGGGCGAUAGUAGCAGACGACCGGUUUACUGGGGGGGUCUGAAUAAGACGUCUGUUGUUGCAGAACCAUAGAUUUUUAGGGACGAAGAUCGCCACAGAUAAACGCUAAAUCUGACCACACGUGUGCGUGUUUGUGUCCAGGGUCUGGUAGCAGACGACGACAGCUAUAGCAGAGGGCGCUAGUAGCAGACGACAUUAGCAGACGAUCGCUUCUACUGGCGGGACCGAACAAGACGUCUGUUGUUGCAGAACCACUGUUUCUGGUUUCCGGAUCACACAAUGGAACACGGCUUGUUCUUAUUAACUCUCUCUAUUGCGCUGUCUGGAGUCGUCCACGCGGAUCGCUGGGGGAAAUGGUCAGCGUGGAGCGCAUGCUCACGGACAUGCGAUGGUGGCGCCACCUACCAGCUCCGGAAGUGUACGAGAGGAUACAGAUUCAGAACAAAGUGUGUAGGAGAUAGCAUCCGGUACGCGACCUGUAACAACGAGCCCUGCCCAGUGGACGCACGUGACUUUAGGCGCCAGCAGUGCGAGGCUUAUAAUAAUGAACCGUAUGGCGGGAAAUACUAUAAAUGGCUGCCAUACAGAGACCGGAAGAAUCCAUGCGCCCUCUACUGUGUGGCGGAAGGUCCGAGAACUCUUGCUCGGCUUGCGCCAAAAGUUCUAGAUGGCACGAGAUGUUCCGAGGACAGACUGGAUAUGUGUAUCAACGGAACCUGCUGGCCUGUCGGGUGUGACCACGUGCUCGGAUCCAAGCGUCAGUUCGACCUGUGUCGCGUGUGUGGCGGGAACAACACGUGCUUCUCGUCCCCAAGGGAGCGCUACCACUGGGUGGAGGACGGACUGUCACGCUGCAGCGCCACCUGUGGUGUAGGUAAGCAGGUGACGGUGUUCAAGUGUCGAGACCGCUACAAUCGCCGUCGCGUGGUGAAGGAACACAAAUGUCACAAGCGCCAGAAGCCGCCAGGAAGAACGAAGGCAUGUUAUCAGCGCAAAUGUCCGCCAGCCUGGAAGAUUUUCCAGUGGCAGACCUGCACCCACACGUGUGGAGGGGGCUUCUCGCUGAGGAACGUCAGGUGCAUGGACACCCUCCAGAGCGGACGCCAACGCUGGCUACACGACAGCUUCUGCCCCAGCCCGAGGCCGGUGACGUCGCGGAAGUGCAAUAACGUCCUCUGUCCCAGGUGGUACGCUGGGAAGUGGUCGCCGUGUAGCGUGACCUGCGGGCGGGGAUACCAGUACCGCGAGGUCGUGUGCAGACACGAGGGCAACAUCCACUGCGAUGACGACACCAAGCCCAUCACGAGGAAGAACUGCAGCACCAACUUCCCGUGCCUCAACACAGCAGAUCGCCGUUACGUUGCAGAGCAUGAUGAAAAUGAUAUCCAGGAGAUCUCACUGGGAGAGCUUAGAGAGGCGGGCAGAGAGACUAGAGAAGAAACCAACAACGUCACGUACUCGGUGAUCCACGAGGAUGACGUACAGAAUAACGACAUGAGCACACCCAGGUUCGUGACGUCAAGCUGGGGACCGUGCAGCACAACAUGUGGCCCCGGAGUGAGAAGACGCUACGUCAGGUGUAAGGUCUAUCUGCUCUACCUGCAGGAUAUCGUCGACCUCGCAGACAGCGUGUGUGAUGGCCCAAAGGCCCCGGAGACCGAGCCGUGCCUGCUGGAGCCGUGUUACGAAAACUACGAGUGGACGGCUGUCGGCCUCACCGAGUGUAGCCGGUCCUGUCUCGGAGGCACACAGGAGACGUUGCUGCACUGCUUACACAAGGCCAACAGGACGGUGGUCGGGCCGGAGUUGUGCGAGCGAGCGCCACCUGUCCCCAUUGAGCGCAGGAUAUGUAACGACAACCCCUGUCCACAGAGAUGGCGAAUUGGCGACUUUGGCACCUGUUCUGCUACGUGUGGGGGUGGGACGAUGUCUCGAGAUGUCCAGUGUAUCCAGGAGUUCGCCCCCACACCCGACAGUGUGUUGGAGUUACCUGACUUCAUGUGUGAGAGGCCAGUACCCGAGCGAUCACGUCCAUGUAACACGCAGCACUGCCCAGCACACUGGGUGUAUGGAGAAUGGGAAGAAUGUUCUGUGUCGUGUGGUGACGGAAUCCAAGUGAGAUAUGUCAAGUGUCAGCGCCGGUCGGCUGACGGGACGUCCGUGGACGUGGAGACCAACAACUGUCGCCCCAGCGAGCGUCCGCAGGCAACGAAAUCCUGCAACGAAACCGCGUGUCCUGAAGUGAAGAUAAAGGAACACAAGAUGAAGUUCUUCCAGCUACAGAAGAUUCCAAAAAUCCGACUGAUAGUCGGAGCAGACGCCGUCAUAUUCCCCGGAACGUCGGUCAUCGUCAGAUGUCCCGUCCGAGGAUUCCCUAGAAAGAAGCUGGAAUGGUACAAGGAAUAUCGCAGGAUUAGAAAAGGCGGGAGAGUUGGCGUCUCGGGGAAAGGAAAUUUGCGUAUUCGUAAAAGUCGUCCCGAUAAGGAUUACGGUAAUUUUACGUGCAAGGCGGGCUCUGUGACAUCCAACGUGUCCAUUCUGUUCAGCAACAUUGUCGACGUGCUGCAGAAGACGGUGGAAAGGGAGAAGUACUUAUUAGGAUUCGUGUCGGACAACGCGUCGUACAUCAGGGACCCGUUCGAUAGGAGAAAGAAGCCCAUCCAGUUCGUGAUCGGCGACUGGACGGCGUGCAGCGCCACGUGUGGCGGCGGCUAUCAGCGUCGCGUGGUGCGAUGUGAGAUCAUCAGCAAUGACUAUUUCGAGGAGUUCCCCCUGGACGUGUGUCGGAACGAGGGCUCGGUGCCCGAGGCGACCCGGAAGUGUAACGAAGACCUCUGUGUCACGUGGGAGACUGGCAAUUGGUCAGAGUGCAGCACAGACAAGUGUGUUCGGGAGAGUUACGCCAUCCACUCGCGCAGUGUGCAGUGUAUCAGUGACCACAACAGCUCCAUAGUGAACGAGACUCUCUGCGACCCUCACCUCUUCCCCCAGGCCGUGGAGGAGUGUCCCAACAUCCACUGCAAGCCGGCCUGGAACACGUCGGGAUGGUCUCACUGUUCUGCGGCGUGUGGUAAGCGAGGCUUCCAGGCACGCAUGCUCACGUGCAUCUGGAAGUUCACGGGUCUACCUGGAGGCAGAAGCUGUCAUAAUUUAAGGCGGCCUGUCGUUAUUCGGACAUGUCAAGCAAAACCGUGUUCACAUUAUUGUUUCGACGAGUCUGAAUACUGCAGCAUUGUGAGCAUUAUGAGACUGUGUAGAUACUCUAACUUUAAACGACGAUGUUGUCACAGUUGUAAAGAGUCAACGUUAUCAUGACGCAGUCAUAUUAGGUAACGAGGGACCACUAUACCAAAUACAAAUAAGCAUUUUCGUGUCUUGUGAUAUCCAACGAAAUGCUAAGAAAGCAGGGAUCCAGGCUUGUUUUGUUUCUUUGCCUGUCAACGUUCCAUUAGUAGAUGUUUUGUGAGGAAGGUGUGUACACACUACACAACGUUCACUACGUCUUUGUCGUGAAUCUGUAUCGCGUACUGGACUGUUAUUUCCAAACCCAUGUGAACUGUCUGCCAGUGGUUGCCGGUCCGGUUGCUGGAUGUAUAGUCAUCAAACAUGGCAAGAUAAAUUUGUUUAAUGAAAUUUAUACGAGUCUGCUUCAAUAUCAAAAACGGUUUUUGAUAAGGUUUCCAAACAAGGAUUUAUAUGUGCUUUCAACAACGAAUACUGUUGUUAAAACGACUGAUGUGUACUUUCAACCACGAAUAGUGUUGAAAACAAUUGAUUGAUAUGCACAUUCAACCACGAAUACUGUUGUAAAAAGGACAGAUAUGCACUUUCAAAAAGGAUUGAUAUGUACUUUCAACCACGAAUAUCAUUGACAAGAAUGUACAUAAUAAUGCUCUUUGAACCAUGAAUUCUGUUGAUAAAAAGGAUUGGUUUGUACUGCCAACCACGGAUAUUGUUGAUGAAGAAGAAUGUACAUAACAAUGCUCUUUGAACCACAAAUACUGUUUAAGGAACAAGGAUUGAUAUGUACUUUCAACCACGAAUACUGAUGAUGAAGAAGAAUUUAUAUAACAAUGCUCUUUGAACCACAAAUUUUGUUUAACGAAUAAGGAUUGAUAUGUACUUUCAACCACGAAUACUGAUGAUGAAGAAGAAUUUAUAUAACAAUGCUCUUUGAACCACAAAUACUGUUAACAAACAAGAAUUAAUAUGUUCUUUCAACCACAAAUAUUGCUGAUGAUGAAGAAUGUACAUAACAAUGCUCUUUCAACCACGAAUACUGUUGAUAAAAAGGAUUGGUUUGUACUAUCAAUCACGAAUAUCGUUGACUAAGAAGAAUGGACAUAAUAAUGCUCUAUCAACCACGAAUACUGUCAACAAACAAUAAUUUAUAUGUACUUUGAACCACGAAAUCUGCUGACAGACGCUACGCCAUCACAGACAGUUAAAAUGAGCAAGAUAUGAGAACAGUGGUUCAACACGAUCGUUCGAACAGCACAUUACGGGAUUUCGGAUCUCGAAUGAAAUGAGAUUCAUAAUAUAUCCAGUAGGAGUGCGUGCCUCGUGUAGAAUGAACCAUGAUAUGUCUGUAGCCAAAAGGAUCGCGUGUCUUGUAUAAUGGCAGAAACCUGUUGUGUCAGGAGCCAAUGGGAUUGCGUGUCUUGUAUAGUGGAAGACUCCUGUUGUCUGUAACCAACAGCAAUGCGUGUCUUGAGUAUCAGUGAAUUACAUGAUGUGUCAGUAGCCAAUAGGAUCGCGUGUUUUGUAUAAUGAGAGACUCCUGUUGUGUCGGUAACCAAUGGGAUUGCGUGUCUUGUAUACAAAUGAAGUACAUGUUGUGUCAGUAGCCAAUAGGAUCGCGUGUCUCAGUUUGUCAUAGCCGGAUGAACCUACUUCCUGUUGAACGUUUCCUUGCUCACCUAACACAAGGUUUCUUGCCGUUUACCGAUUUGAUGGAAGUCUUCAUGAAGCAAUAUUUGAACUUUGGUGCUAUUUUAAUUGUUUAUUAUUAUCAUUACUUUUUAUAUCGCUAAUACAUUAUUUUGCAUGGUUAGUUGUAGAGAAGAAUCGUAUUUAAAGUAAUCUCCAAGAUAGCUAGUAUGACUAACGCCUAGCUACAUUGCUACUCACCCUCAUGAACAAUUAUGGCGCCACCCGUUCAUAAGGCACGAACCAUGACAAUAGUUCGUGUAACAUGUCAUCUUAUGUGACCAUGGCACCUAAUUAGGUACGUUCCAACAACUGUGCACGUCGGAAAGAGGUUCACAAUUUUAAGUUAAAACGUAUAUUAAAAAGCUGUCUUUAUUUUUGCUUUAUAAACCAAAAUUGUUUCAAUAAGAACUAGUUGGGUAUUAAAAAUGAUUUGGAGUGUCCAUCCUUGAAAGAGUUGGGGUAUGCAUUGUAGGGGUGGAUCUGGGAUUUGACCAAAGGGUGUCGUGCUACAACCCUCUGGAUCAGCGUCUGCUUGUACGGUUGGUGCAUCGUGGCUGGUUCAUAGAUAUUUGAGUGUGUCCACAGAACAAACAUACUUGGAGCUUCAAUAAUAGUAAGCGCGUGGAAUGCGAGUGGUCGAUACUGGGUGCGUUGGGUAAACCCUACAGGGCAUUAUUAAUCUGCAAGUAGGAUACUGGUAACAAUCCCUUUCCUGUCCUGGACGGAGGAGCCCGCGAAAGACGACAUCUGCGUCCAUGACAGGUGUGUGCUACAACAGCUUGUUCUGAAAGUGCACGUUAAAACCUAUGACCUGUCCUAACUGGUAAUAAGUGAAUUUAAUUGUGAAGUGUCUGUCUACUUCUGUAAAGCAAUCAUUAUUCACAAGAGCUACAGAGAACUAAUAGAAGACAUAGUUGUAAUUCGGUACUACUUAUAAUGUGCCCGUGCCUCUAGAGCCAGUUCUGGAAGUGCUACAAGGAAACUCUAGGGCUCCGUUCCACGAAACGAUUUUAGCUCUAAAAUCAUUUUAAGUAGUACAUUAGGUAGUUAUACACGUAAGAUGAUCAUAGUGUUAAGAUCGCUUUGUGAAACAAGGCCCAGGUCAUGUAAUACAGUUACAACUCAACUCCAUAAUUCAUCAUCUACUUACGUCUACAUGUCCCACGUUAUUCUUUGAUUUAUGUUUGCUGUGAUCUUAAAUCUAGGUCACAUAACAUGUACUGUUAGCUUUUACGAAAGCAAGGAGUGCGCCACAUGUUUGCGAACUGUCUAGUUGUUCAAUGUGCUAAAACAAGGGUGACAAUAUUAAGAUAGAUAUCAAAGAUAGUAAAGAAGUACGAGUUUAUUAAAACUAAUUGUCUUUCUGUUUUUCAUUAGAAAACGAUGUUAUACAAAUGGGAAGCAAGAUUUCAGUUUUAACCUAUAUCAUUUUCAUUAAAAUGUUUAAAUUCUAAAAGGACAUACGCUAGUUUUUAAACACUAAGGCAUAUUUUUUACUAUUAGAGCCGUUUUUGAUAACUGAA